AUGGUGCAUCGUUAUGUUGCUCCCGGCCUUUUCGGUGAAGGACCCAAGCACAAGCCUUUGCCUACCAAUAGACCGAGCUUGACUCUCAAGUCACACUCUGACUCUGUAAAUGCUGCUAUUAUCAACAGUCUAUUGGAGAGAAUCAGUAAUCUCGAAAGCGAACGAGCCCCCGUCACUAUAGGCGAACAUGGUGGGAGCACGUCCUUACCGACUCGGCAAGGCAUGGAUGCUUCUAUAGGACAAUUCGUCAAAUCAAAGUAUUACGGCCAAAGCCAUUGGAUGAACGCCAUUGAGCCUUACAGCGCUCUUGGUGAAGCAAAUACUACCGUGAACCCGAGAACCAAAAGGAAAGAAGUCAACAAGUCGACUGAGUUGUACGCUACCGUCGCAGAGAUCAAGCGAAUUUCGCGCGUCAUCAAGACAUCUCGUAUGCUUCAGCCUUUCGUAUCGCCGGAAGUACAGGAGUCGAUACCACCAAAGGCGGUUUGCGACGUGCUGGUUGAUUGCUAUCUUCAAACUUUUGAAGGGGUCUUCCGUGUCCUUCAUGUUCCUUCUUUUCGCAAGGAAUAUGAGGGCUACUGGGUUGGCACUGUACCGGCUAAGCCAUCUGUUAUUCUCAAGAUUCUGUUAGUCUGUGCAAUCGGAGUGCCGUUCUACAGCGCGCCUGACCAAGGACGUUUACGUGUCUCCUGCGCCAAAUGGAUUCAAGCUUCAGCGGAUUGGCUUGAUUCACCUCAUGCGAAGUCUCGACUGAAUAUGGUAGGCUUGCAGAUUCAAAUCCUGGUGCUCCUUGCCCGUCAAGCAUGCAACGUCGAUGGCGAUCACAUUUGGAUACCUGCAGGCUCAGUACUCAGGACUGCGAUGCACCUUAGCCUACAUCGAGAUCCGUCAGUCUUUGGCAAGAUAAGCAUUUACCACGGUGAGAUGCGAAGACGGCUUUGGGCAUCCGUCUUGGAGAUUACAGCGCAGAGCAGCCUCGACAUGGGGAUGCCACCUAUGAUCUCCCCAAAUGACUACGAUACCAAAGCGCCAUCUAAUGUCAAUGAUGAGGACAUAGGUGAGGGUAACGACACACCGUUCGACGAGAAGCCACUUACUACGUUCACCGACAGCAGCAUACAGAUUGCAUUCACACAGACCUUACCCGUUCGGUUGGAAAUCAUUAGGCUCAUCAACAAUCUGCGAUUUGACAUAUCCUAUCCCGACGUAUUACGACUCGGCACUGAGCUUACAGGAAUCUGUCGUGAAAAGACAAUGUUUUUCAAGUCGGCCCUAGUUGCCAAAAGCAACAUCACGCCGUUCCAGAUCAAGAUGUCGGACUCGAUGGUGAGACGCUUUGUACUCUGCUUACAUAGGCCAUAUUUCGUGAAAGCGAGCGAGAAUCCGAAUUAUCACUACUCACGCAAAAUAUGCCUCGACACCUCUUUGGCCCUGUGUGCACCCGCAACCGAACUACAGCCCGGGGAAGAAGAUGACUGGACACGCAUGUCCCAUAGAUGCGUGGGCUUCUUCAAGUCGUUCUUCCUCUAUGCCAUGUCGACUGUGUACUAUGAGCUCAACUCUCAGAUCAACGAACGACGAGAAGACUCUACCCUCUUUGCCCCAAUGAUCUCCACAUCAGCACCUCAAGAGAACCGGCCAUUGGCAUUACCGUCACAAUUCCAGGCGCUGCGCGGCGUCCUCGAGGCAGCCAGAGACACAGCACUAGCCCGAAUACGCAACGGCGAGACAAACGCAAAAGGAUUCGUCUUCCUUCACACUGUGCUUGCACGCAUCGAUGCGCUCGUUUCCGGCGCCGACCCAGAACGGGCCGUACUUGAAGUAGCGAAGAAAUCCGUAAAAGAAGCCGCCCAGAUUAUAGCCGAAGUCUAUCGCGAAGAGCAUGGAGAGGAAAUAGAUUUGAACCCGUCUGAUGUGGAUUUGGAUCUUAAUGCUUACAUGCAGGGUCAGGAUAUGAAUAUUGGGCAUGGAUAUCAUUUUACAAGAAGCCCGGAGUGGUUCUAUGACCUCGGUGGGUGGGCUGCAUCAGGCAACUACAGUAUGGGAUACAAUGGGUUCUCGACACAAGAUUAA